CACGAAGAUGAUUGAAUGAAAGACAAACUAAAAUGCAUACAAAAAGGAUUUAAAUUCCCUUCCUUCAGACCAUUGGGUUGUUAAAUCCUUAACUCUUUGUCUUCAAUUUCCAGUUACCUAGUACUUUCCCGGUUCCCUUCUCCUCCCCUUCCUCUUUCCUUUGCAUCACAUUCAUUUAUAAAAUCAAGGUGUGGAAUUGCAGAGGCUAUUACCAUUUUCAAUCUAGUUCUCAUCCUUGCAUUGGAUCUGGGGUUUUCUUGUUUCCAUUGUAAGGUAUCUGCUUUUCCCAUUUUCUUUUUUUUUUCUCCGAUACGGUGUAAUUGUUUGUUGUGUUGAGUAAUUUUUGUUGGGUAUUGAUUAAUGUGGGUUUUCGUUUGCUGCAAUUUAUGGGUUUGAUGAGCGUAUGUUCUUCUCGCAUUCGUAGGCAUUCAAGUUUCGUUCUUUGCUCUCUCUUCCUUUGGAUUCUUAUAUUCUUUGUUUUGCUUUGGUUUGCAAAGUUCAAAAUUUGGAUUGGUUUUAGGGGGGUGGACUGCUUGUUUUGCAUAUUAUUAGGAGAUUGGCAUUGAAGGAAAAGAGGGGUUUUGGAAAUUGUUGAAGGAAAAGAGGAAGACGGUUGCUUUCUAAUUCACAGAUGGAUUAUUAGUGGAAAAGAAAGCACAGGCGUGUAAUAUAAGUUAAAAUUGCAUUUCUUGGAGAUAUUUCGUGAGUUUUAAACUGGGAAGUGUUAUUUUUGCUUCAUGGAGUUGAAUUCAUUUAUUGUCACAUUUUGGCUUAGUUUAUAAUUUAUACCCAAUGAGGAAGCAUAUUUUGUGAUGGGUUGUCUUUUUGGAGUUGAGUUCUUGGUGGGUUUUAAUUGAAGUUUGUUGCUUUGAUCACUUGAGCUUUGUUUUGACAAUACUUCACAGAGCUUUUUCACACUAUAUUUUAUCAUUAAAAUUUUUAAUUUUUAAUUAAUUUUAAUUAAUCUUUUAUAUACUUUUAAUAAUUUUAAUUAAGAUUUUAUAUAUUUUUAAGAUAGCAUAAAAGUAAAAAAAAAAAAACAAAAAACAAAGACUACAUUAGAGCACAGCACACCCCGCACUGACAAAUUGAAGCCUUUGGGGUGUGAGUUGGAAUGGGUCAUAUAGCUCCAAGGUUCCUAUGCUCUGAGGUUGAUCUUGAAAAAGGGGAUAGAGGUAGUAGUGUAGAAGAUUCGAGCAAAAGUCCAGUUUUAGGUGUUAAAAAACAUGAAAUAAGUUUGCUUUCUAAGGUUUAUAGUCAUUAUAUUGAGGGCUCAGAGGGCAGGGUAAGUUUGUCUAGCAAUGAAUUGAAUUCUAGUGGGGUUUUGGCGGAGAAUGUCAAGGUGGUGAUGAGCAUGAAUAUGGAUGGAAAAAAGAGUAAUGAGGAGAAGAAAGUGGUGAACGAGAAACAUCAAAAGACAAGCAAUAAAAAGUCUCCAAAACCUCCCAGACCUCCAAGAGCACCAUCAUUGGAUGCAGCAGACCUGAAGUUAAUCAGAGAGCUAUCUGAACUUGCCAGGCUGAAGCGUGCUAGAAUUGAACGGAUGAAAGCAUUGAAAAAUAUGAAAGCUGCAAAGCCGUCAUCUUCUAAUAACAACGUAUUUGCCAUGGUGUUCACCAUCAUUUUCUGCCUUGUGAUACUCUUCCAAGGCAUGUCAUCCAGAAGUACACAUGUAAAUAUGCAGGGAUCUCCUUUGCCAACAGGAGCAACAGAUAGAAGUUUGAUUUCAAUGCAGUACAUUGGGAAUCCACCAGCAAGUGAUCUAAAUGAACCCAAAUCUGCCUCUCCCAAUUUAGUGGUGCAGGUUCCGGGUUCAAAUUCUCAGAAACAGCCGAGAAUGUUUGCUGGAUAGAAUGGAACAAAGACGAAGGUUGUAUUCUAGGCUAUUCAACAAAUUUACAAGUUAGUCAUUGCUGUUCUCAUACAUGCCAUAAUGGUAAACAGUUUUUGUAUACAUGACCUCACAAACCUGGAUCCUUUUCUGCGCAUUUAACCCCUUGAAUGUGUCUCUUUCUACUGGGGUGGGUUAAAUUACAAUGUAAGUUCCUCUAUACAACAGGCCAUGGCACAUCCUAACUUGACAAAGUUGUCUCCUUAGCAACUGACUUUGCCAAUUUUAUUUAUUAAUUUAUUUUUGUUUGGAUGGAAGCUCAAAAUUAAUUUUUUCUAAACAAUUUUAAAGACAUCUCUAAUCAAUAUCUUUUGAGUAC